AUGGGGGUGGGUGAAUACCUGGCCACUCGCUUCAGCAGCUUGAAACCACCAAUGACCCCGGUGGGCAACCCUUUCAAACAGCUGAGGCUGCUGAAUGGGGAGCAAUGGAACUUUUUCGCUGUCGCUUGGUGUGGUUGGGUAUGGGAUGCCUUCGACUUCUUCACAGUCAGCAUGACCAUCACUCAGCUUGCAAAAGACUUUGGCAAAAAGAACUCCGACAUCACCUGGGGUAUCACUUUGGUCUUGAUGCUUCGGUCUAUAGGAUCGUUCAUCUUUGGCCUGUGGUCUGAUCGCUCUGGCCGAAAGUGGCCGUUCAUCUUCAACAACAUCCUCUUCAUCGUGCUAGAACUCGCUACUGGUUUCUGCAAGACCUAUGAGCAAUUUCUUGCCUGCCGUGCUCUCUUUGGCAUCGCCAUGGGUGGUCUUUACGGUAAUGCCGUGUCCACUGCUCUAGAAGACAGCCCUCCAGAAGCACGAGGCAUUCUUUCGGGUCUCUUCCAGGCUGGUUAUCCUGCGGGAUAUCUCCUCGCGACGGCAUUCUCGCGAGCGCUGGUCGAUACGACUCCUCACGGCUGGCGACCACUCUUCUGGUUCGGUGCCUGCCCGCCCGUGUUGAUCAUCAUAUGGCGAAUGAUGAUGCCAGAGAAUAGGAGUUGGAGAGAGCGAGAAUCAGCCUCUGCCACACGAACGACGGCGUCCAGUUUCCUUCGGGAAGCGAGGACUGCAGUGACCACUUAUUGGAAAACAAUCAUCUACAUGGUGGUUCUGAUGGCUGGAUUCAACUUUAUGGCCCACGGGUCCCAGGACUUUUACCCAACGAUGCUCAUCAAUCAAUACCAAUUCACGCCCAAUAGACUCACCGUCGUCCAAAUCAUGGCCAAUCUAGGAGCCAUGUCGGGAGCCGUGACGGUUGGACAUCUGUCUGAAGUCUUCGGAAGACGCUUGACAAUCAUGGUCUCCUGUUUUCUCGGAGGGGUACUCCUAUACCCCUAUACAUUCGUGUCAUCGAACGCCGUCAUCGCGUCUGCCUUCUUUCUCCAAUUUUUUAUGCAAGGAGCUUUCGGCGUUGUCCCUACCUAUCUCAUUGAGUUGUCCCCCGACGCGCUGAGAGCUUUCAUCGUCGGUACUGCCUAUCAAUUGGGCAACCUCGCUUCCAGUCCUGCAGCAACGAUUCAGGCUACUAUCGGAGAGAAGUAUUAUCCUCUGUCUCCGACAGCCAAGGGAGUCAAAAGAUACGACUAUGCCAUCGUUAUCUGUGCCUUCUUAGGUGCCUGUUUCGCUUUAGUAAUCAUCCUAGCGUUCUUGGGUCCUGAGAAGAAAGGGCGUGAGCUCCGUGGAGUGGCAGGUGAUGAUUUGGGGGAUAUGCCAGAGAAGGAAUUGUCAAGCUCUCAUCAAGAGAAAGUGUAA